AUGAGGUUACUCGCAACCGGAAGAGCCCUGCGUGCCAGCAGCGGCAGAUGGUCCAUUCCUGCCGCUCGCUCCAGAUUCUCAAUUACUCGUGCCUACCCUCUCCACCCCAUCCCGGCCAGCUCAAGAACCUGGAGCUCAACGGCAGCUCUCAGAGUAGCAGAUAGUAACCAAGGCAAACCAUCGUCGCAAACAAAAUCCACUCUCCAAAUCCAAGGCGACUCCCACACUACCGACCAAUGGACAAAUACCACUGAUCAGAUCCUUUCCCACGUGGGCCGACGUCUCUACUUGGACGAGAACCACCCUCUAGCGAUCACGCGCAAGCUCAUCGAGAGUCAAUUCUCCGCGCCAGUCUUCGGAAACUAUUUCGAGAAGAACCCCGUCGUCACAACUCGACAGAACUUCGAUGUUCUCGGAUUCCCAUUGGACCACCCAGGUCGCAGUCGCACAGAUACCUACUAUGUUAACGACAAGACCGUCCUGCGCACACAUACAAGCGCCCACCAGCAAGCGUAUUUCCAGCAAAUCAAUCGCAAUGAGCAGACUCGACCGGAGGAAGUCGGAUACACUGUGAUCGCAGAUGUCUACCGUCGUGAUGCCAUUGACCGGAGCCACUACCCUGUCUUCCACCAGAUGGAGGGUGCGAUGCUCUGGAAGCGCCCGGAUAACAACCCCCUCGCCAGCUCCGCGGAAACUGCUGCGCGGAUUAAGGCGGAUGUGGAGUUAAUACCCAAGCAUGAUGUUGUUGUUGAGGAUCCGAACCCUACAAUUCAUGCUCAGCGGAACCCGCUGCAGGCUGAGCACCACAGUGAAGAGGAGGUGGAGGCUAUCGCGCAGCAUCUGAAACGAUCGUUGGAGCGUAUGGUUAUUAAGGUCUUUACCGAAGGAAGCAAGGCUGCUGCUGCUAGUGCUGGCGGUGCCGAGCCCGAGCCAUUGAAGGUGCGCUGGGUUGAGGCUUAUUUCCCCUUCACAAGUCCCUCAUGGGAGCUUGAGGUCUUCUGGCAGGGUGACUGGCUGGAGAUUCUGGGAUGUGGUGUCAUUAAGCAGGAUCUGUUGAUUAACUCCGAUGUGCCUAACCGGGUUGGUUGGGCCUUUGGAUUGGGUAUUGAGCGUAUCGCCAUGCUUCUGUUCAACAUCCCUGAUAUCCGGCUCUUUUGGUCUAAGGAUGAGCGCUUCUUGUCCCAGUUCCGUGCUGGAACAGUCACUCGCUUUGAGCCUUUCUCAAAACAUCCGGCUUGCUAUAAAGAUGUCGCUUUCUGGCUUCCACCUGCUGCUGUCACUGGAGGCAGCAGUGCUGCUGGUGGAGGUGUGCCUUUCCAUGAGAAUGAUGUUAUGGAACUCGUUCGUGGAAUUGGUGGUGACCUUGUCGAGGAUGUUUCGUGCAUUGACGAGUUCACUCACCCCAAGACUGGUCGCAAGAGCAUGUGCUACCGUAUUAACUACCGUAGCUUGGAGCGCACUUUGACGAACGAAGAGACCAAUGAGAUGCAUGAGAAGGUUCGGAGCAAGUUGGUUGGGGACUUGGGUGUUGAGCUGAGAUGA